CUCGGCGGCGGUGGAAGUGACGAGGCUCCGGCGUUGCCUCCUCUUCCUGUGGGCCUGGGCCAUGUGACGUCCAAUGGUUGCUUUGGAGCAAGAUGAACUAUAUGCCCGGCACGGCCAGCCUGAUUGAAGACAUUGACAAAAAGCAUUUAGUUGUACUUCGAGAUGGAAGAACAUUAAUAGGAUAUUUGAGGAGUGUGGAUCAGUUUGCUAAUUUGGUUCUUCAUCGGACAGUGGAGCGAAUCCAUGUAGGAAGGAAAUACGGUGAUAUUCCAAGAGGGAUUUUCGUUGUCCGAGGAGAAAAUGUGGUGCUUCUGGGGGAAAUAGAUCUAGAAAGGGAGACCGACACUCCUUUGCAACGAGUGUCAAUCGAAGAGAUUUUGGAAGCUCAAAGAGUUCAGCAACAUGAAAAGCAAGAGGCAGAAAAGGCAAAAAGUGAAGCAUUAAAGGAGCGAGGAUUAUCCAUCCCUCGUACUGAUGCUCUUGAUGAAUACUAAGUAAAAGUACAAUACCAGACUUUUAAACCACCUGUAGGGGACUUGACCUACUGGAUCUUCUUGCUGAACUGGCAUUGAUUGUAUCUAAAAGUGACUAAACAAAAAAAAGUUUUCAAACUAUAUUCUUCAGUGGUAAAUAUGAAUUGCCAUACUUUUAAAAGACAAUGCUUCAGAAAGAAUAUACUGAGCAAUUUCACUAGUUUCCAUCUUCUUGGUUAGAAAAUAUGACUAUAAAAAGUCUUCACCAUAAUGAACCUUUAGCUGAAAGGGAUGGGUUCCCUAUUCUGUGAAAGAAUGACAAUAUUAAUCAAUGCAUUAUUCAUCAGUACAUUUUCUUGCACAAACUAAAUUGCUGUGCAUUUAUGGAAAAUAAAAAAAUUCCUAUAGAAACUGAAAUUUUGUUUAGUUAAGGAAUAAUAUAAUUUCAGCUCAUUUAUUUGCCAUUGUUCAUAAAUCAGGUGCAUACCUGUUAGUUAAACUCUAGAGAUUGUAGCUUUGUGAAGAUAGGCAGCUUGACAAUUCUGUUUUAUUAAUUCUGAUUUUCACUUUAUAGGCUGAAAACUCAACUAUCAAUUUGCUGACAUUUGAUAAAUUGUUGAGAAUUUAUUUACUAUUAGCUGAUGUAACAGUGACUAAAUGAUAAAGGAAUGUUUUUUGUAGAGUUGACAGAUAAUGGACUAGACCUUGUUAACCUGGCUUCCCCCAACCAGACUACUUAGGACACAAAGAACUAAUGUUACUGGCCCAAAGUAUCCCAGCCUCUCAGCAGGAUAGCCAUAAGAAAUAUGAGAGAGUUUUAAAUGUCUGAGAUCCAGAGACAAGGCAGGAUGAGACUGGUGACUCAUUGCGACGGCUCUCUGCACAAUUUAUUCUGUGUCCUGCUAAUACCCUUGUACUACCUCGAUGCACUGUUGUAAUGUAAUGAUCUAUAUGGACGGCAUGCAAAAAAAAGUUUUUUACUGUAUCAUGUGACAAUAAUAAACCAAUUUGCCAAUA